AUGUCCUCCGCACCAUCCCGAGCCAUGGAGGCUGAUCCUGAAUCUCAGGAUCGCGAAGCGACAGUCGAAACUCCCUUGUUACCACGAACAUCACGAUUCGAAGACGAAGAGUCAACAACGCUACAUCCUCAACGGCACUUGACCCGCGUGGUAGCGAUUAUACUAGUCUCCAUUUUCCUGCUCGAACUGGGUGACUUCAUGAUGCGGGCACCAUCUAUGCGGGUUCUGGAAGACGUCAUCUGUCGGAAGUUUUACAAAUCCACCACUCCAUUCGACUCCCACAUCAUCCGGUCUAUCCCCGAACACGAGUGCAAGAUCCCUUCUGUACAGGGGAAGGUCGCAAUGAUGAAGGGUUGGAAUGAAGCUUUCUCUUCCGUACUCGGCAUAUUACUGUCGCAGCUUUGGGUGCAAUUUGUUCUUUAUUUUAACGAUAUCUUCGACGUUCAGUGGAUAUGGGCUGGGAAUUUAUUUCUUUUAAUCGGAGGUGGGAGUGCCGUUUCCCAAAACUUUAUCUAUGCCAUCGUCGCAGAUGUCGCACCGGAAUCUAAAAGAGGCCCUAUUUUCUUCCAGGUCUCUGCUGCCGCACUCAUAUCCACAGUGAUUGGCAUUCCAUUGUCCUGGUUGCUGAUGAAAGCCGACUCAUUUGAUGCAUUAUUAGCCGCUUCUGGCUUCAUAGCUCUUGGAACUAUUCUGAUUCUAUUACUACCUGAAACUCUUCAAGAUGCAAAGGAGAGCGAUGCUGCCUUACAUGACCCUGUUCAAAAUUUGCAUACAGAGGAAGACAUCUCACCCGUACGAGCCAAAUCGUCAAUAAUCGAUAUGAAGACCUUGAUUGUUAAAUUUGUCGACGAUUCUCGCUUCAUAUUGGCAAACCCUAGUCUCUGUGCUCUUAUAUUCACAUUUAUUUUGUCCAGUCUGUCUUCAAACAGCGUCUCGAUUCUUUUUCAACUUGCAUCCGAGAGGUUUCAAUGGUCGCUAGCGGAUGCCAGUUUCCUUCUUCCUUUCGGCUCACUCACCAACUUCGUAAUCCUGGUCGGCAUCCUGCCAUUUAUCUACUCCGUACUGGGUUCGCGUUUCCAUUUCCGCUCCUCGACUAAAGAUCUCCUCGUCGCGCGUGGAUCCCUCGUGUUCCAUAUCCUCGGUGCUAUCGUAAUUGCAUUUUCUACUGGUCCCCUAUUCCUUAUCUUCGUGCUUGGAUUGCCGUUGUGGAUUAUUGCACCGCCGAGUUAA